AUGCCUGAAAAAGAAUUAGAUUAUAUUAGAUCCACAGAAGCUGCUGGAUCUACUGAAAAAGACGGUGGUGUCUACAUUGAUGCCUUUGAUAAACAAGAUUCAGAACCACAAAAGAAAGGUUUUGCUAAAUUCAUUGAUGGUUUCAAAAAAGCCGAUGCUGAAGAAUUGGGUAUUGAUCCAAACUUAUCUGAAGCUGAAAAAAUCGCCAUCAUGACUGCAAAUUCCCCAUUAUCUAGAUCACUUAAAAAUCGUCAUUUACAAAUGAUUGCUAUUGGUGGUUCUAUUGGUACUGGUUUGUUUGUUGGUAGUGGUUCUGCUUUACGUACUGGUGGUCCAGCUGGUCUUUUAAUUGCAUAUAUCUUGAUUGGUACUAUGAUUUUCUGUACUGUUAUGUCCUUGGGUGAAUUGGCUGUUACUUUCCCUGUUUCUGGUGCUUUCGUUACUUAUAACUCUCGUUUUGUUGAUCCAAGUUGGGGUUUUGCCAUGGCUUGGAAUUAUGCUAUGCAAUGGUUGGUUGUUUUGCCUUUGGAAUUAGUUGCUGCUUCGAUUACCAUUAAAUAUUGGGAUGCAGAUACAAAUCCGGCGGCCUAUGUGGUUAUUUUCUAUGUGUUUAUUGUUUUCAUUAACUUUUUUGGUGUUCGUGGUUAUGGUGAAGCAGAAUUCAUCUUUAGUGCCAUUAAAGUUGUUGCUGUCUUGGGUUUCAUCAUCUUGGGUAUUGUUUUAUGUGCCGGUGGUGGUCCAAAAGGUGGUUACAUUGGUGGUAAGAAUUGGCAUAUUGAAGGUGCUCCUUUCCCUAAUGGGGCUAAGGGUGUCAUGACUGUUUUUGUCAAUGCUGCUUUCGCUUUCGCUGGUACUGAAUUGUGUGGUUUGGCUGCUGCUGAAACUAAAAACCCAAGAAAAGCUUUACCAAGAGCCUGUAAACAAGUCUUCUGGAGAAUUACUUUGUUCUACGUUAUCUGUUUGACUUUGAUUGGUUUAUUGGUUCCAUACAACGAUGACAGAUUGUUCAGUUCUUCUUCUGUUGAUGCUGCUGCUUCUCCAUUCGUUAUUGCCAUUAAGAAUGCCGGUAUCAGUGGUUUACCAUCUGUUAUGAAUGUCGUUAUUAUGGUUGCCGUCUUGUCUGUUGGUAACUCUUCUGUCUUUGGUUCUUCUAGAACUUUGGCUGCUUUGGCUGCUUCUAACCAAGCUCCAAAGAUUUUCGGUUACAUUGAUAAACAAGGUAGACCAUUAAUGGGUAUUAUUUUCCAAUUGCUUAUUGGUUUAUUGUGUUUCUUGGCUGCUUCUCCAAAAGAAGGUGAUGUUUUCAACUGGUUGUUGGCUUUGUCUGGUUUGUCUUCUAUUUUCACCUGGGGUUCAAUUAACCUUUGUUUGAUUAGAUUCAGAAGAGCUUUAUAUGCCCAAGGUAGAGACACCAGUGAAUUGGCUUUCACUUCAGUUGUUGGUGCCUGGGGUGCCGGUUGGGGUUUACUUUUGAACAUGGUUGUUGUUUGCUUGCAAUUCUGGGUUGCUGUUUGGCCAUUGGGUGAAACUCCAAGUGCUGAAGCUUUCUUCAGUGCUUAUUUGUCUGUUCCAUUUAUUCUUGCUUGUUAUAUUGGUCAUAAACUUUGGACCAGAAACUGGAAAUUGUUCAUUCGUGCUAAAGACAUUGAUAUUGACACUGGUAGAAGAGAAUUGGAUUUGGAUUUGGUCAAACAAGAAGUUGCCGAAGAAAAAGCUUACUAUGCUUCCUUACCAAUUUACAGAAGAGUAUGGCACAUGUGGUGUUAA